AUGUCACAGAUGUCGAUGUGCCUGGCUGCUGCUGCUGUGUGGAUGGUUGCUGGCACAUCGUGGCAAGUGUUGGACCAGGAUGCUGUUGAACUCCUGGCAAUGUGGAUAUCCACAAACCAAGGUGCUGCUGCUGUUGCAUGGCUGGCUGUGGUGCUAAUCGACCUGGUGACAAUGGGCAAUCCGGAGGUGUCAGCGUCCCAGCAGGCGGGCGGCGGCAUCCCGUGGGGCGGUAAUGUCAUCGCCAGGGGCGGCAGCGGCAGUGGAGGCACCGGUGGUGGCAGAGGCGUCAACGGUGCUGGUGGCUGGGACAUGCUCGCGAGCGGCAGCGGAGGUGACGGCGGAGUUGGAGGCAGUGUAUGA